GCGAACGCGCGUGCAUCACCUUUACAGUGACUUAAAGCGUUCCGGUAAUUUGUGUCGUGUUUUCGGCUGUUUCGCGGGAUUUUUCAUCUACACCGGCGUCAAUAGAAAUAGUUUUUAUGACGGACGGUUUAUCUUUUGAUCGGUAUCGUUAUUAAUUAAUCGGUCCGAGUAUUUAAUCGAAUAUCAUUGAUAAUUACAACUUGGUGAAGUGAUUUCUAAACUCAAGGUGGAAAACGCGCGCGCGAUAUUUCUACACAUCAAAAUAGUGUUUAUAAUUCGUUGAGAAAUUAUUCAAUGAUUAUUGUUAUACGUUGUGAAUCAUAAACAGUCAUAUUUUUCAUUUACAUUCAAGUGGAGCACCAUUUAUUUUCAAUUUAAAUUACUAAGAAUUUCAUGAGUGUAAUAAAUAGAUGAAAAAUUUAUAUAAGUUAUUGAAAAGUCUUUAAUGACAUAUCAGUGUUACACGGAAUUUGUUUCAUUACGAUCUGAUCGACGGGAUACGUAUUUUCAUCGACAAAACUUUUGACAAGUUUGAUAUCAACGAAUUGUACUUGAGUGUGUACAAAACUCAAAACUAAUCCUCACAUAAACAAGUGGGAUUCAAUUAAUUGUAGGAUAUUAUUGGGACCGCAGCGCGGAAAAAUCAGCCAAAAUUCGGGUAAAGAACAGAGAACCGUUGCCAUCCUACGCGAUGGAAAUGAGUGAUGAUUACCAGGACAUAGGUACCCCUGGAGGAGGGGCUACCAUGGCUAACCUUCCUUUACCUCAUCACGGACACACUCCAGACAGUCCUUUGUCACACCAAGAGGAAGAUUCAGACCCUGAUCUCCAAGAUGAAGAGAGUGGUGAAGAAUUACUGGCACAGCCUCGUGAAACAAAUACUCACACUUCAACUGAUAAAGCAUUAACUCCUACCGGCACUCCUGCUCCAAUGUAUGACCGAAUGAAUUUUUUAUCACAGACCAAUGACAUGGAUGUGUUGAACAAUAAAUCAGGAUUAGAAGCUCUCCAAGCUGCUAUGGGCAGUGGAUUCACAUUACCAUUUCCGUUUCCACCACCAGCUGCAUUUCUACCACCACAGCAUCGCACCAAUAAUAAUAAUACACAGACGUCAAGUACUGCUGGAACGACAAAAACAACUUCAUAUUCAACAUUUACUAGUGGAAAUAAUAAUAUAGUACCAUCAUCUGCAAGCUCCCAUUCCAGUGAAUCGUCACAAGGUUCAGGAAAAAUCAGUGAAGCUCGUGAUAACUCUGGUCAACAGAAUAACAAUAAUGCACAUCAAUCAAGUUGGAGCUUCGAGGAGCAGUUCAAACAGGUGCGUCAGUUAUAUGAAAUAAAUGAUGACCCAAAACGCAAGGAAUUUCUCGAUGAUCUCUUCAGUUAUAUGCAAAAACGAGGCACACCAAUCAAUCGAUUACCAAUAAUGGCAAAGUCAGUUCUAGAUCUUUAUGAACUUUACAAUUUAGUGAUUGCUCGAGGUGGAUUAGUUGACGUUAUUAACAAGAAACUGUGGCAAGAAAUCAUCAAAGGACUUCAUUUGCCAUCUAGCAUUACCUCUGCUGCAUUCACAUUACGUACACAAUACAUGAAGUAUUUAUAUCCAUAUGAAUGUGAGAAACGUCGACUGUCUACUCCAGCUGAACUCCAAGCAGCAAUUGAUGGAAAUCGAAGAGAAGGACGUAGAAGCAGUUAUGGAGCAUAUGGGGGCGGUGGUGGUGACAGUAUGAUUCAAAGAAGUCCUCACACACCUAAUCCACUAUCUUUACAUGCUCAAAUGUCUCCAUUAUCUCUGGUCACGGGGGUAGGUGGACAGCACCAAGCAUUAGCAAAUGGAAGUGCAGCACAUACUCCUUUACCACAUCAUCCUCAUCAUCCUCAACAUCCACAAGGACAGCCAUCCACUGGGCUGAUUCCAGGUUUAGCACCAGCUGAAUUUGAAGCAAGAAUGGUGGAAUAUGUAAAACUUCUCAACAAAGAACUAAGAAAUGCAGGUGCAGGAACGCCUCCACCAAUGAUACACCGACAAGGGAGUGUAACAUCACCAUCCGAAACGCCGCCACGUGAUAGUGCUUUAAAUGCAUUAGAAAUGUCACGAUUAACGUUGUGGAAUAUGUAUAAUAAUAAUACAUUAUAUCCCGGCGUAGGACAACAACCACCACUAUCACCUCAAGCUCAUUCACCACAUCCUCAAACAUCAAGUCCAGAACCACAAAGUGAAGCAUUAGAUUUAGGACGUAGAUCCUCGUCAGUAUCAUCAUCUCCUGUAAGACACAGUCCUCCAUCUUCUAGUGGGAGUAUUCAAGUUAAGAGAGAUCAUGAUCUGACUGGUACACCUGGACUACAAAAUUUCAAAAGAUCCUUCUCCGAUGAUGAGGGGCUUUUAGAAAAAAAUAAUAUGCCCACCGUUAGUGGUGGCACUCAUAUCAAGAUCUCAAAUCGUGGUGACGGUCGUAAUGGUGACAAUUCUUUAGUUGUUAGCAUGGAAAUUAAUGGAAUUAUGUAUGAGGGUGUUUUAUUUGCGCAAAGUGAAGGUAGAACAGCUAAUCCAACAAACAACAACAAUAAUACAAAAACACAGCGAAGUUUAGUUUCUCAAUAAACAAAAAUUGAUGCAUAAAACCUGAAAUUUAGAAAAUAUACGCUUAAAUAUUUUUUUCUAAAAUAAUUAUCUGUAUUUUUUUCUUAUGCAUAAUAGUGAUUAGUCU